AUGGCGAAACUUACCAACUACAACAUUAAAGUCUGUUUGGUUGUAAUCAUAGCUGCCUUCAGCUUUGGCUUUGGAGCGUCCAUCUUCGUCACCAGCGUUGGGCAACCUGGAUUCUACCGCUAUUAUGAUCUCGACCCUACCAGUUUGCACACGGCCAAUAUUCUCAGCGCUAUCAAUGCACUAUUCUUUUUCGGGUGUGCGGUUGGUGCCAUUGGCCAGUGCUUCGUUGCCGACUGGAUCGGAAGGAAGGGUGCCUUGACCAGUUCUGCGAUAUUCUCCAUCAUUGGCAGCGCCUUGGUCGCCGGCUCAGUCAACAUCCCAAUGCUCUUUGUCAUGCGCAUCAUCCAAGGCGUUGGAUUGGGCAUGCUGCUCGCUUUAGUGCCACUAUACCUCACCGAGGUUGCUCCACCACAGCACCGUGGGUUUCUCACGGGUUCGACUCAAUUCUCCACUGGUAUUGGCUACAUAGUUUGCUCAUGGGGCUCGCUUGGUUGCUAUCAUGCCGAAAACCUGACGGUCAGCUGGCGGCUCCCGCUCGCCCUUGCAUGCGUGGGACCCAUAGCACUUUAUAUCGGCCUCCUUUUUGUGCCAGAAUCACCUCGAUACCUCAUCUGGAAGGGAAAGAAAGAUGAAGCCUGGGCCAUCUUAAAGAGGCUACACCACGACCCAUCCAAUCCUUCCGAGGCGGAUGCAAGCGCUGAGUUUACCCAGAUCUUGAGACAGGUUGAGAUGGACAAAGAAGAAAAUCCUACGUUUUGGAAGAUGUUCAAGGUGCCCUCUUGGCGACGUCGAUCUAUCUCGGUGCUAUUUCUCCUGUGGAUUUACGGUAUUACCAACUUCUUCCCUCUUCUUAUCGGGUCUCUCGGCUUGACAGGGGAUGUCCCUCUGAUCUUGUAUGCGUCUUAUACCACGGUCGCCACCAUCUCAAUCUUUAUCACCAUGUGGCUGGUCGAUCGAUUCGGCCGCAGAGUGCUCCUCUUGACCGGGUUUGCGUCGGUGGCAUGUAUUCUGUUUACUGAAGCUCUUCUGCAGUGGAAGUACCAGGGGACAUCUAACAAAGCCGGGAACAAUGCAUGCAUUUUCUUCAUCUUCAUGUUUAUUGCAUUCUUCCAGUGUAUCGAUGCUCCCACAUUCGUCUGGGCCGCCGAGAUAUUUCCCACCACGCUUCGGGCCAAGGGUGUCAGCUUAGCCAUAUUCGCCUAUUUCGCUGGAACCAUUACAUUUUCGACACCGGCACCUGUGGCAUUGCAAAGCAUCAAGUGGGGCAUGUUCCUGAUUUACGCCGGGCUCUGUGUCAUCUCCUUCGUUAUCACCUACUUUUAUAUUCCCGAGACUAAGGGCCUUCCUGUUGAAGAAAUUGGUGCUCUUUUUGGUGACACGGUCGCUGUGCACUUGACAGCCGAUGGGGAGGGCAUCGUGGAAGAGAAGCCCGAAGAAGGCCAAGUUGAGGACAAUGCGCUACAUAUUGUUCAAAAGGUGUAA